UCGGUUUCGUGCGAUGUCCGCACGCAAACCGCCUCAGCGAGUAGGAUCACCAGUUUCUGCAUCAUCGCAACAGGACGAUCGUACAACGUCAUCUAGGCCGUCACCAAUUUCACUAGAUUCACAUACAGAUGAUGGGAGUGGCGGCCUCUUUGAAGCUUGUCGCAGUGGCGACCUGACGCGGGUGAGGCGUCUUGUCAACCCCCAGAACGUCAAUGCGCGCGAUACCGCUGGGCGAAAGUCAACGCCGUUGCAUUUUGCAGCCGGAUUUGGAAGGAAUGACGUCGUUGAAUUUCUACUUCAACAAGGAGCGAGUGUGCAAGCAAAAGAUGAUGGUGGUCUUAUUCCUCUUCAUAAUGCAUGUUCCUUUGGACAUGCUGAUGUUGUUCAACUGCUACUUAGUCAUGGAGCGGAUGCUAAUGUUCGUGACAAUUGGAACUUUACUCCAUUACAUGAGGCAGCAAUCAAAGGCAAAAUAGAUGUGUGCAUUGUUCUGCUUCAACAUGGAGCUGAUGCCAAUGUCAAGAACACAGAUGGGAAGACACCUCUUGACCUUGCUGAUAUUUCUUGCAGAAGUGUACUGACAGGUGAGUACAAGAAGGAUGAGUUGCUUGAAGCAUCCAGGAGUGGUGAUGAAGAAAAGCUGACUUCUCUGUUGACUCCUCUAAAUGUGAAUAGCCAUGCUGGAGAUGGAAGAAAAAGCACUCCUCUUCACCUUGCCGCAGGAUAUAAUCGUGUUAGAGUUGUUCAACUGUUAUUGCAGCAGGGAGCUGAUGUUCAUGCCAAAGACAAAGGGGGUUUAGUGCCAUUGCACAAUGCUUGUUCGUAUGGUCACUAUGAAGUGACAGAACUACUUGUGAAAAAUGGAGCCAGUGUUAAUGCUAUGGAUUUAUGGCAGUUCACGCCACUACAUGAGGCUGCAAGCAAGAACAGAGUUGAAGUUUGUUCAUUGCUUUUGAGUCAUGGAGCAGAUCCUACUCUUGUCAAUUGUCAUUCCAAAAGUGCUCUUGAUGCUGCAGCAACUCCUGAUCUAGUGGACAAACUAACCAGAGAAUGGAGGGGUCAUACUACAUUAGAUGCUGCAAAGACUGCUGAUCUUGCCAGACUAAAGAAAGCCAUCACUACAGAUACAGUUACAUUUCAGCAUCCAUACACAUUGGACACUGCUCUGCAUUGUGCUGUCAGUUCACCAUACCCUAAACGUAAGGCAUGCACUGAACUGCUGAUCAAGAAGGGGGCAGAUGUGAAUGCUCAAAAUAAAGAAUUGCUGAGUCCAUUACAUUGUGCUGCUUCUAAAUCUCACUUGGAUGCAAUGGAAAUGCUGCUGAAGAAUGGGGCUAAGGUGAAUGCAGCUGAUGGUGUUGGGCAGACUGCUCUUCAUCGUGCAGCACAUGAAGGGCUGGUGCAAGUUUGUCGAGUGCUCUUGGCACAUGGAGCAGAUUCAGCAUGUGUUUCGUCUGAGGGAUACACUCCAAUGCAGCUGGCUACUGAGAGUGUUCAGAAGAUACUACAAGAUCCACCGGCAGACAUCGCAGAUGCUGACCAACAGCUACUAGAAUCAUCGAAGACAGGAGAUUUGGAGCUAGUGAAGAGAGCUUGCACUUUACAGAACGUUAAUUGUCGAGAUCUAGAUGGCCGUUUGUCAACUCCGUUGCACUUUGCAGCAGGUUACAACAGAGUGCCUGUGGUAGAAUAUCUUUUGCAGCAGGGAGCAAAUGUACAAGCUAAAGACAAAGGUGGUUUGGUUCCUCUUCAUAAUGCAUGCUCGUAUGGUCACUAUGAGGUGGCAGAACUGCUUGUCAAGCAUGGAGCUAAUGUGAAUGCUGCUGAUUUGUGGAAGUUCACCCCACUACAUGAGGCAGCGGCAAAGGGAAAAUUUGAGAUUUGCAAAUUGCUACUAAAGUAUGGCGCAGAUCCUCAGAAGAAGAAUCGUGAUGGUCACACUCCAUUGGAUCUAGUGAGAGAGGAUGAUACUGAUGUGAGAGAUUUACUAAGAGGAGAUGCUGCACUACUUGAAGCUGCAAAGAAAGGAGAUCUUGCCAGGGUGGCUAAACUGUUGACAGCAGACAAUGUAAAUUGUAGAGACCAAGCAGGAAGAAACUCAACACCUCUUCAUUUGGCUGCUGGUUACAAUCAGGUUGAAGUUGCUGAGUACUUGUUAGAACAUGGGGCAGAUGUGAAUGCUAAAGACAAGGGUGGACUCAUUGCUUUACACAAUGCUUCUUCAUAUGGGCAUGUAGAUAUUGCUGCAUUACUGAUCAAGCAUGGUGCUCUUGUGAAUGCAACUGAUCGCUGGAAUUUUACACCGCUUCAUGAAGCAUCACAAAAGGGAAGAACACAACUUUGUUCUCUGCUGAUUCUUCAUGGUGCUGAUGUCAACUUGAAAAAUCAGGAAGGGCAAACUGCUAAAGAUUUAGCAAUGGCUGAUGAUGUUCGUGCUUUGCUAUCUGCUGCUAGUCCAAACACUGCUUCUAUAACCAGUGUGACGAGCAAUGAAGCUGGAACAUUAGCUACUACUGCUGGUUUGAGCCCUGCUGGGGCUGCAUUACUUAGUGGAGGUGUGAAUGCUGAUGGGUGUUCAUUGGAGAAGCUUGUAGCAAGCAAAGAAGGAGGUGCCAAACUUUUUGAAUGCUCUAUCAGUUCAUUCUUGAAAGGUAUUGGACUUCCACAGUUGGUUGAGCUGUUUGAAAGUGAGCAGAUUACUAUGGAUGUGCUGAUUGACAUGGGGCAUGAUGAGCUGAAAGAUAUUGGAGUGCAUGCGUAUGGACACAGACACAAGAUAAUCAAAGGAGCGAAAGAGAAAUUGACAUUACUCAGUACAUCAGGUCGCGGUAGUCUUGGAGAUGGGACAAUACUUGUUGACUUGAGUCACGAAGAUUCAGACUAUUUGUCUGUGGCAGAUGAGAUGCAGGCUACAGUUCGUGAACAUAAAGACAAUGGAGCUGCUGGUGGUGUUUUUAAUUCAUACCAGAUCAUCAAGAUUCAAAGAGUAAUCAACAAGAAGUUGUGGGAGCGGUAUUGCUAUAGAAAACAAGAAGUUGGUGAUCAGAAUCAUGCACAUUAUAAUGAAAGAAUGCUAUUUCAUGGAUCACCAUUUAUCAAUGCAAUUGUACAGAAAGGAUUUGAUGAGCGGCAUGCAUACAUUGGAGGGAUGUUUGGUGCAGGGAUAUAUUUUGCUGAGAAUUCAUCCAAGAGUAACCAGUAUGUCUAUGGAAUCGGUGGUGGAACAGGAUGUCCAGAUCAUCGCGAUCGUUCAUGCUAUAUUUGCCAUAGACAGAUGCUAUUGUGUCGUGUUGCACUUGGAAAACCUUUCCUACAGUUUGCAGCUAUGAAAAUGGCACAUGCUCCUCCUGGUCACCAUGCAGUUAUUGGAAGGCCAAGUGUAGGAGGGCUGAAUUUUGCAGAGUAUGUUGUAUAUCGAGGAGAGCAGGCUUAUCCAGAAUAUUUGAUUGAAUAUAGGAUCAAGAAACCAGAACCAAAAUCGCCUUCUAUAGAUCAAGCCAAGUGACACUAUUUCAAUUCAUUUUUCUUACACUCGUGUGACAGUGGCAUGAUUACUUGAUUUUUCAAUGUGUGUAGACACGUAACUUGAUACAGCUGUAUAUACUAUAUAAUUGUUAUGAAACUAUUUCAUUCAAUGGUUAUAUAAUGUAUUUCGAUGGUCACGUGUUAUAG